AUGAGACCAACACUUGCCCUUCGGGUAAGACCACGUCGUCCAGAACGACCAAACCAAACCCCGUUGCUCCCACCACUAAAACUAUACCACGCCAUACUACGAGCUCACGUGCAUAAAUUACCCCAGGACUUGCGAUACUUGGGUGACCAGUACGUCAAGAAGGAGUUUAAGGAUCACAAGAAAAUUGAUAAUCCAUUGCAUAUAGUUGGGUUCUUGACUGAAUGGCAAGACUACUUGAAACAAGUUGAUGGAGGCAAAUGGCUCGAUGGGAAAUUGAGCAAGACGGAAUUGGACAGAAUGACACCUGAGCAAAUUGGUCAAUUGUAUGAAUUGAUGAAGGCCACUAAGAAAAUCGGCGAGGAUGAAAUAGAAUAA